UGUUGGAUAGAAGAAACCAAGAAAUUUAACUUGGCUCAACGAAAUAUCCCACUGAGUUCCUAAUAACUUUGAGGCUUAUGUUUCUAUUCAUAUAAGGGGGGAGAGGCAGGCAACUAAAGUGAAGAAAUUAGUUAUGGGGCAGCCAUACUCUUUGCGCCUUGCUUCAUGGGUAAUGCUCUCGCAGUUGACAUUAAUGGUGGUGAUAAUAAGGGCAGGAGCAGAUAGCAAAAAUGGAUCAUCAGGAGGAUUAUUUUGGUCAGCAGCUAAAGAGGAACAAGAUCUGCUCCAAGAGGCUGAACCCAAAGAUGAUUCUACCUCAUCUACAUUAGUUAAUGAUGUUGAUGAAGUUGAUGGUGGCUUCUCUUCCCUUGACGGAAUGUUACAGUGGGCAAUAGGGCAUUCUGAUCCAGCCAAAUUAAAGGAAACAGCUCAAGAUGUCCAGCAUCUGUCUCCCAAUGAGCUUAAGAGGCGUCAAGAGGAAAUAAAGGAACUAAUGGAGAAGCUAAAAAUGCCAUCAGAUGCACAAUUGAUGCAGACAGCUUUAAAUGACUUAAAUAAUUCCUCUCUGUCUUUGGAGGAUCAGCAUCGUGCAUUAGAGGAACUUUUGAUACUAGUGGAGCCAAUAGAUAAUUCAAAUGAUUUGAGCAAAAUGGGGGGCCUCAUUGUUGUUGUAAAGCAACUUGACCAUCCUGAUUCAGAUGUAAGGAGAAUUUCUGCAUGGAUACUAGGGAAAGCAAGUCAAAACAAUCCAUUUAUUCAGAAGGAGGUCCUACAACUUGGGGCUUUGACAAAGCUAAUGAAGAUGGUAAAAGCUAAUUUGGUUGAGGAAGCCAUCAAAGCAUUAUAUGCUGUUUCAGCCUUGAUAAGAAAUAACUUUGCUGCUCAGGAGAUCUUUUAUGCAGCAGCUGGAGAGUUGCUCCUUCAGGAUUUAUUGAGCAAUUCGAGCAUAGAUGUUAGAUUGCGCAGGAAAGCUGUGUUCCUAGUAGGUGAUUUGGCUUUGAGUCUGUCAGAGAAUAAGAAAAAAGCCGAGCCACCCAUUUUCAGUAAUCACUUCCUCUUGAAGUCUGUAGUUGAUCUGACAAUGUCUGUUGACCUUGAUCUUCAGGAGAAGGCCCUUGUUGCAAUUAAGAAUCUCCUGCAACUAAAAGUUGUUGAGGAUCUGGUUUUAAAGGACUCUUGUGGUUUGCAAAGUGCCUUGGAAAAAAUGAAGCAGCAGCUACAUCAUUUAAUGAUGGAGGAAGAUCACAGAGAUUAUGCAAUUGAUGUGGAAAAUCUGCGCAAAGAAGUGGAGUCGCUAUUCCAUGAAAAAAGGGGAGUGGUAACUGGGGUUCCCUGCCAUACAUGAUUUCAUGAAUGUGCUCGUUCAUGAACAUGCAGCAAACACCUGCUUUUCGUUCUUAUAUUUGGUCUGCAUUCUAUCAAGGUUGUAUUCUUCAGUAAGUUCGAUACGGGCCAAAAUCUUAACAAGUUUUCCUAUAUGUUGCCCUUUUUCUCUGAUAUAGGUAGGGGAAUUAGGGUGACCUGAUAGAUACUGCUAUAUACGAAAAGAGAAUUUUUUAA